AUGAUAGAGACGACGCCGAGCUCACCAGGGCUGUUCCCGUCACCACCUCAGCGGCGAACUGAACCAGGCCCCAACUGGAACAUCGCCGCGGCAUCAGACCAACCCACAACCACCGGCUUGCCCAGCAUCGCGACGAACUCACCGGCGCCAGCUAAACCGCCCCGUGCAAAGCCGGUCCUGGCCAUCCGCGCGCCGCCCCAGGGGCUGAUGCAGGGAGCGAAACCAGCGAAGCGCCUCACUUCCCGGCCGGCCCCAAAAAGACCACCACCAUUGGUGUGCGGAUCCAGCGAUCCUCCGCAGCUAACGCAAGAAAGUGGGCCGCACUCAUGGCCGAGCCAUUCCUGCCAGGCAACGACAAGCGGCAAGGCGACCCACGAGGAGGAGCCCACGAUCAGGACACCAGCCACCACGUCUUGUGAGCCACCACCGUUGCCCGCGACCAGGCCAGGACACACAACACGACCGACGACGGCCGACCCCCACGCCGUCACCAACGCACCGCGAAAGGUCGUCAAUCCACCACUGCCAGCCAUCACGAGAGGCACGGAAACAAAGAGCACCGGUGGCCCAGCACCAUGCAGUGACGCCGCUAACGCGCCACCGGAGGAAACGACCGUCGAGUUUCCCACCGGCGUCUCCCCCAGCGCCGUGACACGGGGAGCCAGGACCACCGCAACCGCACCGAGCGACGGGGAGGCGACAGCACUUGUACAACCAGCACACACGCACAGAACCGGCAUCCGCCCAGAACGACCGCCUAUACCGGUGCGCGUAAAGGACGAUCUGACAGUAUAUGUACAGUGCUUUGCAUUGAUGCCUGGGCCACGAUAUCCCGGGUCUAUAAGAUCCGCCUCGCCGACCGCCGCUUCAACCUUCGUUUCGGACGAGACGGCCAGUGCCACUAGGUGCGUAGUGGCCAAAGUUCGCUACUCGCAAGGGGGGGCGGGGGUGAUGUAA